CUGUACUGUACAUUCGCCAAUACUAAGACAAAUAGCUCUGCUCUGCUCUCUUCUUCAGAUUUACUGUUUUUUUUUUUCGCGGCAAAAAAGAAGAGGGAAUUUCGGUAAAUAAGCUCUGUGGCUGCCUCAAACUUGCGCACUGAGGCCACGGAAUUAAAUAAAACACUUGCAAACUAUCAAAAAACCAUACGAAUAAUGGGAAAGCUGGGUAAAAAGAAGGUGGUCGAAGAGAUGAGCCGCAAAAAAUCGGAGGCCGAGGCCAAACACAAGAACGGUGAUGGCGCCGACGACUCGGACGAUGGUAUCGACUCGAAGGACGGCUGCUCCGAUAAGAAUGAUACCGGCAGCUCGUUCAGCGGAAGCUCCUCCCAAAAACAACGCUCCAAUCAGCGCAAACGCAAAUCCUCAGGCAUGGGCCACAGCGCUGCAGCCGCCGGCGGCGCCUCUGAUGCUGGCACCAAAGUCAAGUCCAAAUCCAAAUCUAAAUCCGUAGAUGGCGACUCGGAUGACAGCGAUGAUCUACCGCUUAAUGGUAGCAAGAGUUCCAAUUCGAACGAGUCCACUGGCGGUGGGCCGCAGGCCAAGAAGCCACGCAAACAGGCCAAACCCAAAUCGACAAAGUCAGCCACAGCCGCAUCGACAUCCACAGCCGUGUCAUCCAAGGGUAAAUCGAACAACAAUGGCAAAAAGAAGGCGGCCGCACAAAAAAAUGCCGCCGUCGAUUCGGGUGAUGACUACGAGGACGCUGUCGAUGAUGAAUCGCUGGCCAAGUCCGAUGAUGAUUUGGACCGAAAGCGGCACGAUGUCGAAGAGGAAGUGGAGUACGAGGUGGAGGCCAUCAUUGGCCACAAGAAGGUGCGUGGCGCCUCCUAUUUUCUUGUACGCUGGAAGGGCUACAAUUCGGACUCGGACACCUGGGAGCCGGAGAUUGACUUGAAUUGCGAUGAUCUGAUCGCUGAAUUCCGUAAAAAGGCAACCGCCACUGAAACUGGACCGCUUAAGGGCAAAGGCAAAAGCAAUGGCAAUAGCAAUGCCAAUGCCAAGGGUAAGGCCAAAAAAGUCGCCACAAAUAAAUCCGAUGGUGGUGCUGGCAAAUCUGUUGGUGGCAAGAGAGCAGCCAACACCAGCAAGCAAUCGUCCAGCAAGAAGUCCACCGAGGAUCCCGAAAAGGAAUGGGUCGUCGAACGUGUCAUUGAUUAUGUUGAUGAUGACGAUGCUGGCGGCCUGUAUCGCAUACGCUGGAAGGGUUUCGGUGCCAAAGACGAUACAUGGGAGCCCGAAACGAAUCUCUCCUGUGAGGGCCUAAUUGAGAAAUUCAAACGUGGCCUCGUCUCACAGCGCAACGUUGAUAUCAAGGAGCUGCGUGAGUCACCAAAAAAGACCAAGCGGCUGGUGAACGAGUGCUAUCCACGCACCAACAUAGCAAAUCGCAUCGAACGCUCAUCCAAGCGGGCCGCUGCCAAGAAUCGUGUCUUUUAUGGGGAGGAGUGAGAUACGGCCUAAAGGGGGACACCGACGAAAAGCAGAUGAAAUUCCCCUGGAGAUCUCCCCAUCUACAACCCCUCCCCCUCCCCACACAAAUGAAGAAUGUAGAUGGCUGUAGAUCCCGGGUUGUAAUUUCAUAGAAUUAUUCACCUUCCUUUUAAUGGUCGCGGGCAUGCUUGGUGGCUUGGCAGGAAGAUCCAAGCCCAAGCACAGACCACGAACCUACCCCUACCCCUACCCCUACCCACCCCCAAAUUCGAUGCACAGAUCCCACAACAACAAAUAAUUUUAUAAUUUAAAUGGAAAGCAACAGAAAGAGAGAGAGACAGUUUCAUUUCUAGCAACUAAGAGUAGAAGGCCAGACUCUGGACAUGAAAGGACAGGACACCCGCAAAACAUCAGGCAUGGCAUGCAAGCAGCGCAUAUAUCCGUAAAUGCAAUCGAAGAGACAGACAAACUGGCAUUAGAUUAUAAGCUUCAAGUGCAUCGGCAUCUGCAUCGUACUAUCCUCGUAGUACCCAUCCUUCUAAGGCAUAUACACCAUGCGAAAAGUGUAGUGGAAGGCGCAAUCGAUUCGCCCCUCUUUAUGUAUAAUUAAUAAAUAAUAUACUGUACACAAUAUAAUACAACAAACAAAAAAAAAACACCCCAAAAAACCAAGAAUAGUUUUCUGGCUCCUCACA